AUGCUCGGCAGCCUGGCUCCUCCCCCCGCCCUCUGCCGCUGGCGCGCCGCCCUCUAUCGCGGGUUGCUAUUGGCGGCGCGCGAGGAAAUGCCCAUUCUGAUUGGCUCCCGGGCACCGCCGGGCACCGCGCGCGAGGGGGAGGCAUGCACUUGUCGAGUUGAGAUCACCGACUCAUCGGCCGCGCACUUGUCGCUUUCCCCGCGCCGAGAGAGGCUGCCCCGUGACGUCCACUCUCGCGUUCCCUCGUCGUCCCUCUCGACCAUGAAGGCCCAGGCUGGCGAAUCCGCAAUGAGCUCCCUGCCCCCCAUCAGGAGCGGGAAGGUCUCCAAGGCCCGCGAGGACGACCCGGAGGUCACCUUCUACCUGGACAAGCUGCGGCACCUCCUGCCGGCGGCCAACACCAGGAAGCCCCUGGAGAAGAAGCUCAACCGACUCGAGGUGAUCUGGAACGUGAUCCAGUACAUCAGCGAGCUCCAGGAGGUGCUCCAGAUGGACGUCCACGACCGCGAGAUGGACCUGCUGGAGUACGAGACCAAGAGCAUCACCCUGGCGGCGUGAGGGCUCCGGGAGGGAGCCCAGAAGGAGGAGGAGAAGGAGGAGGAGAAGAAGGAGCGAGUCACCAGCGCCAGCACGGUCGCUCCGGUGCGUAACCUUCCGCGCACCUGUCGCCCGCCCUGGCCGCCGCGGCAGGAAGAGAGAGGGGCUCCACGACCGCCCUGCGGCACGACCCUUCCGGGAAGACAAGUGCCUCGCGCGUGUCGUGUUGCGGGGAGCACGUCGUGGGGACGCGAUCUCCCUACUAUCUCUCUCUCUCUUUCUCGAUGUCACUCCUGCAAGACAAUCGACCCCUUGGACGCUGUGCGAGUCGACCUGGCGAGGUGCCGCCACCGGUCGCGGCUGUGGUAGUGUGGUGAACUCCGGCAAAGUUCCUAUAUCUGUGAAAACGCGAGACGAUCCGGUGUUUCGUCCAGUGAAAGUGUUGCCAGACGCUUCGAAGGCGAGGCGGGAGUGGUGAGGGCCCGCUGUGGGAAGGGAGAGAAGUGGAAGGAAGAGAAAUGGCUUCGCGCUUAUUCGUGGAUUAUAUCUUC